CCUUCCCAUUGGCCUCGCGCUCGCCCGGCUCGGCGAGUGCGUAAGGAGAAGGUUCCUUCCGCUCCGCGUCUCCGUUGGCUGGAGACGGCCGGCGCGCUGGCUCCCAGGUUCGGAGGCCUCUAGUGAGAUCCAGAGGAUCCAAGGAUUCUGUAGCAACAAUGUUGUCAAGGCUUUUCCGAAUGCAUGGCCUCUUUGUGGCCUCCCAUCCCUGGGAAGUCAUAGUGGGCACUGUGACACUGACCAUCUGUAUGAUGUCCAUGAACAUGUUUACUGGGAAUGAUAAGAUCUGUGGAUGGAAUUAUGAGUGUCCAAAAUUUGAAGAGGAUGUUUUGAGCAGUGACAUUAUAAUUCUGACAAUAACUCGGUGCAUAGCUAUCCUGUAUAUUUACUUCCAAUUCCAGAACUUACGUCAACUUGGAUCAAAAUAUAUUUUAGGUAUUGCUGGCCUCUUCACAAUUUUCUCAAGUUUCGUAUUCAGUACAGUUGUUAUUCAUUUCCUAGAUAAAGAAUUGACAGGCUUGAAUGAAGCUUUGCCCUUUUUCCUGCUUUUGAUUGACCUUUCCAGAGCAAGUGCACUAGCAAAGUUUGCUCUCAGUUCCAACUCACAGGAUGAAGUAAGAGAAAAUAUUGCUCGUGGGAUGGCAAUUUUAGGCCCCACAUUCACCCUUGAUGCUUUAGUAGAAUGUCUUGUGAUUGGAGUUGGUACCAUUUCAGGAGUGCGUCAACUGGAAAUUAUGUGCUGCUUUGGAUGCAUGUCAGUUCUUGCCAACUACUUUGUGUUCAUGACUUUCUUCCCAGCUUGUGUGUCCCUGGUUUUAGAGCUCUCUCGGGAAAGCCGUGAAGGUCGGCCAAUUUGGCAGCUUAGCCAUUUUGCCAGAGUUUUAGAAGAAGAAGAAAAUAAACCAAAUCCCGUUACUCAGAGAGUUAAGAUGAUCAUGUCUCUAGGUCUGGUUCUUGUUCAUGCUCACAGUCGCUGGAUAGCUGAUCCUUCUCCUCAAAAUAGCACAGCAGAAAAUUCUAAGGUUUCUUUAGGAUUGGAUGAAAAUGUGUCCAAAAGAAUCGAACCCAGUGUUUCCCUCUGGCAGUUUUAUCUCUCCAAAAUGAUCAGCAUGGAUAUUGAACAAGUUAUUACCCUAAGUUUAGCUCUCCUUCUGGCUGUCAAGUACAUCUUUUUUGAACAAACUGAGACAGAGUCUACACUUUCAUUAAAAAACCCUAUCACAUCUCCAGUAGUGACCCAGAAGAAAGUUCCAGAAUAUUGUUGUAGACGUGAACCUAUUCUAGUUAGAAAUAACCAGAAGUUCCAUGCAAUGGAGGAGACCAGAAUAAACAAUGAAAGAAAAGUUGAGGUCAUAAAACCCUUAUUGGCAGAAACUGACACUUCCAGCAAAACUACAUUUGUGGUUGGUAACCCCUCCUUUGAUACUUCACUGGAACCAGAGGCACAAGAGCCUGAAAUUGAACUCCCUGCGGAACCACGGCCUAAUGAAGAGUGUCUGCAGAUACUUGAGAAUGCAGAGCAAGGUGCGAAAUUUCUCAGUGAUGCUGAGGUCAUACAGUUGGUCAAUGCCAAGCAUAUUCCAGCUUAUAAAUUGGAAACUCUGAUGGAAACCCACGAACGAGGUGUAUCUAUUCGCAGACAGAUGCUUUCACAGAAACUUCCAGAGCCUUCUUCACUGCAGUAUCUGCCUUAUAGGAACUAUAAUUAUUCCUUGGUGAUGGGAGCUUGCUGUGAGAAUGUUAUUGGGUAUAUGCCAAUCCCUGUUGGAGUGGCAGGACCUCUGUUCUUGGAUGGAAAAGAAUUUCAGGUUCCAAUGGCAACAACAGAAGGUUGUCUUGUGGCCAGCACUAACAGAGGCUGCAGAGCCAUAUGUCUUGGUGGAGGUGCUAGCAGCCGAGUCCUUGCAGAUGGAAUGACUCGUGGCCCAGUGGUGCGUCUUCCCCGUGCUUGUGACUCUGCAGAAGUGAAGGCAUGGCUUGAGACCCCUGAAGGGUUUGCAGUGAUAAAGGAAGCAUUUGACAGCACCAGCAGAUUUGCACGUCUACAGAAACUUCAUAUGAGUAUAGCAGGGCGCAACCUUUAUAUCCGGUUCCAGUCCCGGUCGGGUGAUGCCAUGGGCAUGAACAUGAUCUCCAAGGGUACAGAGAAAGCACUUUUGAAACUGCACGAGUAUUUCCCCGAAAUGCAAGUUUUAGCAGUCAGCGGUAACUAUUGUACCGAUAAGAAACCUGCAGCUAUAAACUGGAUCGAGGGGAGAGGAAAGUCUGUUGUUUGUGAAGCUCUCAUUCCUGCCAAAGUUGUCAGAGAAGUGUUAAAGACGACCACUGAAGCUCUGGUUGAGGUGAACAUUAAUAAGAAUCUGGUGGGCUCGGCGAUGGCUGGAAGCAUCGGAGGCUACAAUGCGCACGCCGCCAACAUUGUAACUGCCAUCUACAUUGCUUGUGGGCAGGAUGCAGCACAGAACGUUGGUAGUUCAAACUGCAUUACCUUAAUGGAAGCAAGUGGUCCCACAAAUGAAGAUCUGUACAUCAGCUGCACCAUGCCGUCCAUUGAGAUAGGAACCGUCGGGGGCGGCACCAACCUGCUCCCUCAGCAAGCUUGUUUGCAGAUGCUGGGUGUUCAGGGAGCUUGCCAGGACAAUCCUGGGGAAAAUGCCCGGCAGCUUGCUCGAAUUGUGUGCGGUACAGUCAUGGCUGGGGAGCUGUCGCUGAUGGCAGCGUUGGCAGCAGGACAUCUUGUCAGAAGUCAUAUGAUUCACAACAGGUCAAAGAUAAAUUUACAAGACCUCCAAGGAACCUGCACUAAGAAGGCAUCUUGAAGAACCUGACUUCUGAACUGCACAUGGGCAUUGGGUUAGAAGGACUAAACAUAAAAUCUGUGAAUUAAAAAGCUCAAUGCACAGUCUUGUUGAGGAUGAAUAGACACGAUCGUUGUGAUGCCCACUCGGUUUUUGGCUCUUGGAAAGGGGCCGAGUCCCUUUCCUGCCAAUCACUCAGAUCUGAGCACAGCAUAGUGCUUCAUGUGCUGUACCCAUUGGAAAGAUCUCCGCGUGAAUAUUACACUUUAAAUCAUCACAGACAGUAAUCCACAACUCACUUCUGAAAGGGAUUACAAGCCGGAAAAAAAAAAAGUGCUUUCUUUUGAUGAAUUUUUUUCUUAUAGUGAAAGUGGGGUUUAUGGUGAUCAGCGUGAGUUUGUCUGUCUUCCCAGGCCCGCCGCCAGGUGGAAGACACAUUUUUAAAUACACCGUAGCUGCCAGAACUGCUGAUUUCACAAUUAAUUUAUUAAGUCUAAGUCUGGGUUGUAGAACUUGAAGAAAUAAGAGCUAAUCUUAUUUUUUUUUUUAUGUAAACUAAUACUUCAUUUGGUGCUGGUCUAUUUUUAUUUCUUUUGGGGGUAGCCAACAAUUCCUUUUUACAAGGGGACCUGUUUUUUUCAUGGGAAGAAUUACUCUCUUUCUCAAACUACAGAAUAAUGUUCAGAGCAGUGUGAAAUAGUUCUCGAUUAAGAAAACAAAUCACUGCAUUUAUCGCUAUAGGCUCUUUGUUCAGAGAGGCCUCUUGUCUAAAUAGAAAUGUGUGACUCACCUACAAUAUUUUUCAACAUAAGGCUUUAAGAAAAGGUUUUGUGCUCUUUAUUAAGAUGGAAGGAAGAGUACUUACUGACACUUAGAGGUGAUUCUAUUGGACAAGAACAUAUAGGUCUGUAACCUCUCAGAGUGGAAAACAAAGGUGGGAAAGGUAAAUGCCAUUUCUCUAAGCCAACUUUGAAUUCUUAAAGGACACUUAGCUGAAAAAUCUAGAUAGACUUUUUUUUUGGGGGGGGGUAAAGAACUGUAUCAAAUCUGUAUAUGUUGUAAUAAAGCUUCUGAUGCUUGGAAUUUAUUGAAAAUGUUGCAAGAAAGAAAAACCAGCUUGUAUAAACUGAUUUAAGUAACACUUGAAGCUUGGACCAGAGAAGCUAGUGUUCUUUCAUGAGAAUCCUGGCUUGCUAGUUGAGCCUAAUGAAGGGGAAAGUCAGCGUGCAGAGCCAGGGAAGGUGCCACGUGAAUGGCCCUGAAGGAAUGUGCCUUGUUCCUGUGGCCAGGAGGUUGGUGACUGAACCAUGUACACAGGGCUCCUUGAUGGACCCAUAAAAGCUCAUAGCUUCCUCAGGGGGUCAGCAGAGUUGUUGAAUCUUUCUUUUUUAAAAAAAAUGUACACGUUUUGUAUAAAUAAAGAACUCCUUAUUUUGUAUUACAUCUGAUGCUUCAAGUGUUGGUCUUGGAGAACUACUGUCUCAUGUAGAAGAUGGACUCUGAAAAUCAUUCCAGUCCUGCCGUGGCAGCAUGGAGAGCCUCUGAUUGAUUGUGUCUACAGCAUUACUGUGGAAGACUGACUUUUUCUGUUGUAUGUAAAGUUGAAAUGGCUUCUGUUGUGACUUCUCAGCCAGUGACUUAUUUAUCUGAACUUUUUAUGGAAAAGGCAGUGAAAAGUAUGUUGAGUAUUCACUUUGGUGACUGUAACCAAUGUGACUGUAACUUGCUAAAUCAAUGUUUUGUAUAAUUACUAAAUUGUAUACAUUUGUUAUACUUAUUUCCAGUUAUAGUAAAUUAUGAAAAGGAAGUUAAUACUGA